AAACAAUUUUUUUCGAUGGAUUUUUUAGGUACAUUAUAUUUUAAGGUUGCAACCUUAUAUAAACUUUUUCCCUUUAUAUAUAGUAGUAACCAACCACCCACCGUUCUGUACCUUCAAUGGUCAAUGGAGGUUAGCUGCUCUUCCCUGAUUGGACUUCAUGACAGAACAAUGGGUCUGUCCUGUACUUUCAACGGUUAGCGGAUGUUAGUUCAACACUGAUGGGGCUUAUUAACAGAAGGGAACAUUGGGCAUCGACACCAUCUAUUGAUAAGGGUUUUUUGGGUGCCUCAGACGGAGAAUUGUAUAUUUUACCUUACCUCAGUUAGGAUGAAUGUUAAGAAAACGAGAAAAUUUUCCUCUUGCCAGUUCGCUAUGAACGUUGCGAAUACUCUGCCGGGUUUUAUCUUCGGUUAAAAAGAAUAGGCUUUGUGGUAUCCAAUUGUAGUUAGGGGGAUCUAUGUGACCUAAUAUUUUCUCAAAAAUCUUCAAUGGAUCCCAACCAAACGAAACGGAAAAUAAAAAUGUAUUUGAGAGCUCAACAUUAUGGCCUAUAAAAUAGGAAGCUCCAAAUUUUGUCAUCUAGUUCUUUUUAGUUAGUCUAUAAUAGUAAACAAGAUUUGAGAUUUUGGGGUAAAUCAAAUUCCGGAUUUAACAGAAACAAAUGAACGACGAUCCCACGACCAAGAAGACCACCUAAUUUAUUUCCCUAAAAUAUAAUAUCCUGCCCAAUCUUAAUCAAAACUACAAUUAUUGCGAUAGCAUUUAGGGCAUGUUGAAAGAACUUUUCCCUUUGUGAUUAAGUGUGGGAAUUUCUUUAUACCAAUUGGUGUGAAAAGAUGUGUACAACGAUUACACAUUUGUAUAAAUUUCUCGAUGAUUGGAUUAACUAUUAAAGCCCUAGAGUUAUUGAUUCGGUAGGUCCAAAAAUGAUGGAAAGGUCCAUAAAAAAAAAAACAAAGUAAAUCUGUGGAUGCAAAACCUGCCUAAAGAUGUGAGAGCUUCAGACGGCCGCUCCACAGGUAGAGAAAGAGAGGAUAGAGAGAGAAGAGAAGAAAUAAUGGAAAAAAGGGCCGGAUGGGGUUUUGGGGAAUUCCAAAUGCUGUCCGGUAUCAGAAACAUUAGAAUAUAUUUUAUUGUUUGAUAUCAGUACUACCGGAUAGGUAAAUAACAAUGUAUGGUAUCCAAACCACGAAAGAGAGAGUGUGUGGCUUGUGAAAUAAUAGUUCCUUCUUUUUGAGGUGGUAAUUGGCGGGGUAAAAAAAUCCUUGUAAUUUAUAUGUAAAAUGGUACUGUAGGGACAUGAAAGGUGGCCGUAUGUAAAUAGCUAUUUAUUUACACUUAAACAGUAUGAGGUGGUUUUUCUUGAGAAGCAUUUUAGGAUGAAGUUGCAGGGAUUUAAGUGUUUGAAGCGACAAGGGUGAGGUGAGUUUUGAGCGGCAAUGUAAACGAAAGUGGGAGUUGAAGAGGAAUAAAUAGGACACAAUGCACAUUUGGUUUGGAUUGAAGUCAGGAAAACAAGUCCAAAAAAGAAGCUAAGUCCUGCUGCAUUAAGUGGUGUUGUAUGCGUUGGGGGGUUCCGAAUUCAUUCAUUCAGAAUACCAAUGGCUUCAGCAGGCAGCGAGGAGCUCGCGCGUGUAGAGAGAGAGGGAGAGAAGUGUCAGUGAGAGUUUGAAAAAGGUAAUGGUAGGACGAAGGGAGGAAGGAGGACCACAAAGUAAGAAGAAGGCGACAGAUGAUGAUGCUGCAAGAAAGAGUAGCAGUAGGAGUAGGAGUAGGAGUAGGAGUAGCAGUAGCAGUAGUACCACAUCACCUUCUUCGCAACUGGACUGCACUCUCUCUCUCUCCCUCUUACUCUGGUUACCAGCAGAGUCCCCACAUUCACAACCAAAUUAAGGAUUGGAGAAGUAGCCCCAUCCUAGGCUAUCAUUCUUCCCGUGGGUGGUCCUCCAACUCUCCCCUCACCUUGCUUAUAUAUGUUGUUCUUUGACGGACCCAUCCAUCAUCCCUAGUUAAGUGAGAGAGUUUCGUAGGUAAAUGAUGAUGCCAUGGAAUGGCAACCUGCUACUCCCGCCCUAUGGAGGGGGAGGGUGGUCACAUUCCCCUUCUAUGGCUGCUGUCUACAAUGAUGGACCUGGAGGUGGUGCAAUGGGGGCGUUCCUUAAGCAAGAAGGGGGAACUGGAAGGAAGAGGAGGUUGAGUGAGGAACAGAUUGAAUCUCUCGAGAAAUGCUUCCAAGAAGAGACCAAGUUACAACCUGAAAGGAAGAUGAGGCUGGCCGGUGAGUUGGGGCUGCAUCCCCGCCAGGUAGCUGUGUGGUUCCAAAACAGACGAGCCAGGUGGAAGUCGAAGCAGGUGGAGCAUCUCUACCACUCACUCAAGCAUCAGUUUCACUUGGUCUCUAAGGAGAAGCAGAAGCUGCAUGAAGAGGUUUUGAAGCUGAGAGCAGAGCUCAGAGAGAGAGAGAGGGAGAGGGGGAUGACAGCGAGGGAGGAGUCGGGGGUAGUGGAGCUAUCUACAGUGGGAGGGGAGGAGAGCGCAAGUGCAUGUGUUGGGAAUGCCACAACCACCAACUAUGAGGAUAAUGGCGAUGAGGAUGAUGAUACACUCAUGAAAUGCGACUGCCAUCCCUUCUCAACCAUCAACUGCCGCUAUGGAGCAGGAUGCAGCGACGACAACAAUUACCUGAUCCCAUGUCUGGAUGAUGAUGGUCGUCCUUCCCAACCCAACUACUACUAUAACUGGGAUGUUGGCCCUGGUUGCAUUAAGUCACUCUGAAUGAUCAUCCCCCCAACAGCAACAAAAGAAUGUAUCGAAAGUUUAGAGGAGCAAAAGUAUGUUUCGCCAUCAGAGUGCAGAAAAUUCAUUCCCUGCCUCAACCCAAAAUCCUUGUUCAACUAAAACUAACUCUUCAAUAUCAAACCAUACCAUUCUCUCUAUCUCUGUCUUGUACAUCAGCGCGGGAUUCAGACUUUGAUAUAGGGUUCCUUACCAUUCAAGCCCCCGUUUCUCCAUUCUGUUACCUUUCGAGGAAAAGUGUGUUUGCUUUUGGAACACAAUGUUUACUUCUUUUAAUUUGAUGGCGCGUUCAAAGCCUUGAAGCUA